CAACCCAACACUAUCCGGACUACACCCAUGCGCUUCUUACGUUCACCCCUAUUCCAAACAAUCUUACAAUCUAAACCGAGUUCUCUAAGAACAAAAACUACGAAAAUAAUGUCUUCUCCAUCGAUACCAAUCCCCAACUACCCCCUCCGUCAACGACGCUUCGCUCCCCUCAACCCGAGGCAGAAGUGUGAAUCCGAUGCACCAGCGUUAGAAGGGAUUGUUUUUGAUGUUGAUGGAACUUUAUGUUUACCACAGAACUACAUGUUCUCUGAGAUGCGGUCUGCCCUUGGAAUCGACAAAUCAAUCGACAUCCUCCACCACAUCCGCGACCUCCCCACCCCCGAAGCCCGCCUCGCAGCCGCGGAUAAAAUCAAAGCCAUCGAAUAUGAAGCCAUGAGCUCGCAGCAGCCGCAGCCGGGCCUUGUUCAGUUGAUGGAUUAUCUACAGGCGCGUGGGGUGCGCAGGGCGCUUUGUACGAGGAAUUUCGAAACACCAGUGCUACACCUAAUUCAGACUCACAUUCCGGCACACGAGAAGGACUUUUUGCCAAUUAUCACGCGGGAAACGUCAGAUUUACUGCCCAAGCCGGAUCCCGCGGGGAUCUUGCAUAUCGCACAGGAAUGGAAGGUUGGGGCUAGGGCUGAGCAUUUAAUCAUGGUUGGUGAUAGCAUCGACGAUAUGACCGCAGGACACAUGGCCGGUGCAGCUACCGUCCUGCUAUUGAAUGAGAAAAAUGGUUGGCUGAAGGAUCAUGAGCACACGGAUUUUAGUAUCAACCGUUUGGACGACUUGGUCGAUGUUCUUGAGAAAGGCUUUGUUGGUCAUCGGAAUGGGGAUAAGCCGGCUACCAGUGACCGCGAGGGAUAAAUCGCGAAUUCCUUGUUCUUUUUUUUGGGAGAUUAUUUCAUUUGUGUCGUAGAUACACAACGAAAUCGUCGUAUGUACGCGAAUUCCUCUGCCAGAACGCGGGG